GCAGAAGGAGGAGACCUAUCUUAAGGAGUUUUUAUUUGUGCCAACACAGAAGUGCUUUGUGGUGGGCCAUCUGGACUGGGAGGAUUUCCUCAGAAUUCAAAGUAUGCCGUCAGAUUUACAGAGCUGCAAUUUGCUCUGAAACUAUCUGGGAAGGCAGCAAGAAACGUAGACACAACUGGUUUUAUAGUACUUGUAACAUAGGUGACAAGAAUGGAAGACAGCUUGCCUUGUCUUGCUUCAGUGUGUGAUUCCUCAGCACUUAUGAACUUCUGCACUGAUGAUAGCAUCUCUGCUGCAAGCACAUCUGAUGUCCAGGACCGUCUUUCAGCUCUCGAACUAAGAGUUCAGCAACAAGAAGAUGAAAUCACUGUGCUAAAAGCAGCAUUGGCUGAUGUUUUGAGACGUCUUGCUAUCUCUGAAGACCACGUGGCCUCUGUGAGAAAGUCAGCACCAAGUAAAGGUCAACCAGGCCUCCGAGAAGCUAUCUCUAUGUCCUGUAUAACCAAUGGAAGUGCAGGAAGCAGAAAGACAAGCCAUAGUUCUUCUGUGUCGGUUGCCAGAAAAGAGACCCUCUCGUCUGCUGCUAAAAGCGGUACAGAAAAAAAGGAAAAACCUCAAGGACAGAGAGAAAAAAAAGAGGAAACUCAUUCUAAUGAUCAAAAUCCACAAAUUCGAGCAUCACCUUCUCCCCAGCCCUCCUUACAGACUCUCCAAACACACAGGCAAACUCAAGAAAGCAAGAGCUCUGCUCCAGCUAAAAGCAUAAAGCGAACUUCGACUGCUGAAAAAUCACAUAGCAUGUGGGACAACUCAGAUGACAGUCGUAAUAAACUGUUGAGGGCAGCUUCAACAUCAAAACUGAUAUCAAAAGUGGCAAAAAACGCAGAGAAACAUAAAGAUGUCAUUGUCAGCCAAGCAAAAAUGUCAACUCGUGAAAAAAACAGCCAAGAGGGAGAGUAUAUUAAGAUGUUCAUGCGGGGUCGACCAAUCACAAUGUUCAUUCCUUCUGAUGUAGAAAACUAUGAUGACAUUAGGACAGAACUGCCUCCUGAGAAGUUAAAACUGGAGUGGGUAUAUGGGUAUCGUGGAAGAGAUUGUCGAGCCAAUGUAUACCUCCUUCCUACUGGAGAAAUAGUAUACUUCAUAGCAUCAGUAGUUGUAUUAUUUAACUAUGAAGAGAGAACUCAGCGACACUACUUAGGUCAUACAGACUGUGUUAAAUGCCUUGCAGUUCAUCCAGACAAAAUUAGGAUUGCAACAGGACAGCUAGCUGGAGUGGAUAAAGAUGGAAGGUCUUUGCAGCCCCAUGUUAGAGUAUGGGACUCAGUGAGCCUGAUGACACUGCAGGUUAUUGGCCUCGGCACUUUCGAGCGUGGAGUGGGGUGUCUGGAUUUUUCAAAAGCAGAUUCAGGUUCUCAUUUGUGUGUGAUUGAUGACUCUAAUGAGCACAUGUUGACUGUAUGGGACUGGCAGAGGAAAUCAAAGGUAGCAGAGAUAAAGACUACAAAUGAAGUUGUGCUUGCUGUAGAAUUCCAUCCAACUGAUGCAAACACAAUCAUAACUUGUGGCAAAUCUCACAUCUUUUUUUGGACCUGGAGUGGCAAUUCACUAGCAAGAAAGCAAGGGAUUUUUGGGAAAUAUGAAAAACCCAAAUUUGUGCAGUGUUUGGCAUUUUUGGGAAAUGGAGAUGUGCUCACUGGAGACUCAGGUGGGAUAAUGCUUAUAUGGAGCAAAACUACAGUAGAAUCCACGCCAGGAAAAGGACCUAAAGGUGUAUAUCAAAUAAGUAGACAAAUCAAAGCUCACGAUGGCAGCGUGUUCACACUAUGUCAAAUGAGGAAUGGAAUGCUGCUAACUGGAGGUGGGAAAGACAGAAAAAUCAUUCUGUGGGAUCAUGAUCUGAACCCUGAAAGGGAAAUAGAGGUUCCUGAUCAGUACGGGACAAUCAGAGCAGUAGCAGAAGGAAAAGCAGAUCAGUUUUUAGUUGGCACUUCACGAAACUUUAUUUUGCGGGGAACAUUUAAUGAUGGUUUCCAAGUAGAGGUACAGGGUCAUACAGAUGAACUCUGGGGUCUGGCAACACAUCCCUUCAAAGAUUUGUUGUUAACAUGUGCUCAAGAUAGGCAAGUUUGUAUGUGGAACUCUGUGGACCACACACUAGAAUGGACCAGGCUGCUAGAUGAACCAGGACACUGUGCUGAUUUCCAUCCAAGCGGAACAGUGGUAGCAAUAGGAACACACUCAGGAAGGUGGUUUGUUUUGGAUGCAGAAACAAGAGACCUGGUUUCAAUACACACUGAUGGUAAUGAACAGCUUUCAGUGAUGCGCUACUCAGUAGAUGGCACGUUACUUGCAGUAGGAUCCCAUGACAACUUCAUUUACCUCUACAUAGUGACAGAAAAUGGACGGAAGUAUAGCAGAUAUGGAAAGUGCACUGGACAUUCCAGCUAUAUUACACACCUUGACUGGUCCCCGGACAACAAGUAUAUAAUGUCAAACUCAGGAGACUAUGAAAUACUAUACUGGGACAUUCCAAGUGGCUGUAAACUUAUCAGGAAUCGUUCGGAUUGUAAGGAUAUAGAUUGGACGACAUACACUUGUGUGCUAGGGUUUCAAGUGUUUGGAGUAUGGCCUGAAGGAUCAGAUGGGACGGAUAUAAAUGCUCUUGUCAGAUCCCAUAAUCGAAAGGUGAUAGCAGUUGCUGAUGAUUUCUGUAAGGUCCAUCUCUUUCAGUAUCCCUGCUCCAAGCCAAAGGCCCCCAGUCACAAAUACAGUGCUCACAGCAGUCAUGUGACAAAUGUCAGCUUUACACAUAAUGAUGGUCACUUGAUUUCAACUGGAGGGAAAGACAUGAGUAUUAUUCAGUGGAGACUUGUGGAGAAGAUAACUUUGCCACAAAAUGACAUUGUAGUAGAAAUUGGUACAACCAAAGCACCCAUCCCUGCCAAUGAAAGUGUGGUAGAGUCCCCUGCACCUCUUUCACAAUCAUUUGAUGAAAUGGCACAAAAUGAAAGCCUAACCGACAGCUCUCUCACAUGUUUGGAGAGCAAUUUGGAGCAGACUGUGGAGGCCAAUGAAGAGCAAAGUGAGGAGCAAAGUGAAGGGAGCAGUCUGGAUCCAGGUGAGCCAAGCUACGAAGAACCAUCUAAUGAAACAAGUGAGGAGCAAAGUGAAUCCACUGUUACUGAAGACCAACAAGAUAAUUCACCAGUGUCUUAACACUUCAAACUCAGAUGGUCUUUAUUUUCCAUUGGUGUGUGUGCUUUCAUAAAAGGGAGAGGGUUUAAAUAGGGGAGGGGGACUAGCUGAGAUUUAUGCCCACUCCAGCUGUUGGGUUUCAGUGAGAUUUUUAGUCUGAUUUUGUUUCAAUAUGUGAACUAUCCCAAGGGCCCAGCUUGACAGUUUGUCAAGAACUGGUCAAAGUUAGUAGUGGGACAUGACCGUAGGUUCAUUUUUAAUUCUGAAAUUGCUGUCAGGAAGUGGCAUGAUGUAAAUACUGGAAAAAAGGUUAGUUCUAAGGAAAAGCUGAAAUAAACCACUUUAAUCAUGUGAAAGUGUUUUCUGGAAGUACUAACACCAAACAGAAGCACUGAAUAAAUACCAGCUGAAUAAUACUAUGCUGUUUUUCCAGGUGCAUAAAAAAAAACUGAAAAAUUAAUUUUGUGGAGCUGUUCUUUCUUUUUUAAUGGAAAAAAAGAGGAAAAACAAGAGAAUAAUGCCAUGUUCAUGAAACUGCCUUCUUGAUCUAACACAUAUGCAAUUUUCUAACACUACUAAUUCCUAAUGGAGUGUGGACAUGCUUGCAGUCUGUCUGCCCUAGGUGCUGCUCAUUCUAAGGCAAAUCAUAUCAAGGAACAGUUUUUAUUGAUCCUUGUGUAUAGUCCUAUUUAAUCCUAGAACUUUAACCAAACAUUGGUUUGUUUAUGAAUUAUUGAUAACCUAAAAGUUGAUUAAAAUGUAAGAGGCAAUUGUGUUUUCAAAGAAUUGCUCGCCUUGAUAUUUUGAAACUCAAGAAUCUUUAUGUUGACCUUGAUGUGAACAGAAGAGAAUGCAUGACAAGAAAACAAAAGUCUGAUGGUUCUAGGGUUAAACGUAGGGUUCAAGCAGAAAUUGUUCCCUUACUACUAGGAGAAAUAUAAAUAUAGUUAAAUUGUUAAAUUGGUGCUUGGCAUUAGUAUAGUAAGAUGUUAUCUUUUUUUCCCCUAUUUUGGGAUGACUUUAAGAAUCAAUAAACUGCAAAUGUUUUUUUACUGGCUCCUUUAGCAGUCAUGAUAAUAUCACAAUAAUUUAGAUAAUGUUGCAUAUUUUGAGAUUUCCUCUCUUUUUUUUUUUUUUGGUGAUUUUUCUCUCGCCGAGUUGCUGUAAGCCAUGCAGCUCUUAUGUGGCUAUACCUGGCCAGUUACAGGAUAUCAUGGCAUUUGUUAUGCAUUUGGAAAGUAAAAAAAAUUUUUUUUUUUUUUUUUUUU